CAAGCGUAGGAGAUCGCGGCCUACAGCCAGUUGCCGCUCAGCCGACAUACGAUUCGCGUCGCGCGCAAGCCAAUUUUCCCGCGCGAAUUUAAAAAGCGCGUGUUCCAAAUUCAAUUUGCAAGUUCCUUUCGAUCGUUUCGCGGUACACAACAUGCCUAAAAAGAAAUAAAAAAGUUAAAAUUAAAUCGCGUUUUAAGUUAUUGUAUAUAUUAUUUCAAAACAUGUGCUAAAUUGUGAAUUCGUGUUAAUGACUUUUGUUUAAGUGCCGUAUUCGCGUGUAAAAAUCUGUGAUAGUACAUUGCUGUGAAACUUUGUACCCAGUGCAUAACUUUGACCGUUUGGUUGUAUUCCAGUUUCGGGAAAUUAAAUUUCGCGAAGCGUCCGAUAAUUUUUCUUUAUGAUAGGUCCAUAUAUGAAGUGUCAACAUUUCUACCCCAAACAUUAUGAUUUACAAAUGGAUAUUAUGAUAAGAGUGAAGUGUUGCCAAGAAACUAAAAACCCAAAGUGACGAAGUGCCAUUUGGUGUCUGUAGUGCUACGUUCCGCUGCUCCCUUACCUGUUUAUUAAAUCGUAACCAUGUCGGACAAGACUACAUCGUCGGUCGGCCCGAGAAGUUUCGAGACUAUUUCCGAGGAGGACGGGCAGGAUGGUUCGCCCUGGGACAAGUUGUUAGGAGAAGAAAAGAGUGCUGUUCCUAUUAUAAUUAAGACCGAAGCGUCGAGCACGACUUCUAGAAGCGGCGAGGAAGUUUCCCUACACCCUCAGGCCAUCGACUUGGAGUCCAACAAGCUGACGCGCUCGAAAAGCCUGGUGCAGCAGAGGAGGAACAGCAGCGGGCUUCUGGCAGCCAUCCCGCGGCAGUUGAGGAACUCCUUCUCCUUGAGAGGGGUCCACAGCGAACCGUCCAGCGUCAAAGACGUGCCCACCACACGGAAUGACAGCUCCCUCAACCUUCUACUUAGAUAUCGUCAAGCCCGUUAUGCAGCGAGGCGCGUGAGAAAGCGCGUCAUCUUCAAACACGGCGACUGCAACGUCGUGCAAUGGAACGUGGCCAAGCGCAGACGCCGGUACCUCCAGGACAUCUUCACGACCCUCGUGGACGCGCAGUGGCGUUGGACGCUGAUGGUGUUCGCGCUCUCCUUCAUUCUCUCCUGGUUGCUGUUCGCGCUCAUCUGGUGGCUCAUCAUCUUCACGCACGGGGACCUAAACCCGCCCGCCAACAACACCGAUCCCAUCAUCCCCUGUCUCAACAAUGUCAACACCUUCACCGGCUGCUUCCUGUUCUCGGUAGAAACGCAACACACCAUCGGCUAUGGAUCCAGGACAACGAACGAGGAGUGCCCAGAGGCUAUCUUCGUUAUGUGCCUGCAGAGUAUUGUUGGAGUCUUCAUUCAAGCAUUUAUGGUGGGUCUAAUAUUCGCGAAGCUUGCUCGAGCCAAAAAGCGUAACACCACGCUCCUGUUUUCGAGGAACGCGGUCAUUUGUUUGAGAGACGGCGAAUUCUGCCUCCUAUUCAGAGUGGGUGACAUACGCAAGUCGCAUAUACUCGAAGCGCACGUCCGUGCUCAGAUUAUUCGGAAAAAGAUAACCAGAGAAGGCGAGGUACUGCCCUUCUACCAGCAAGAGUUGAAAGUCGGUGCCGACGGAGAGGAGGACCGGCUCAUGUUCAUCUGGCCCAUGACUAUCGUCCACAAGAUCAACGAGAAGUCCCCGCUGUAUAAUCUGUCGGCCGCUGAUAUGCUUAGGGAGAGGUUCGAAAUCGUCGUGAUGUUAGAGGGUGUCAUCGAGUCUACGGGGAUGACCACGCAGGCUCGGAGCAGUUUCCUCCCGUCAGAAAUACUGUGGGGGCACCGCUUCGAGACUAUGGUGACGUUCAGGAAGGACACUGGAGAAUAUGAGGUCGAUUACACCAGCUUCAACAACACCUACGACGUGGACACGCCUCUGUGCUCGGCGAAGCAACUCGAUGAGCUGAGGGCGACGGUGUCUACUUCCCAGAAACUAGACCGUUUGCUCGGCACCAUACCAAAGACCUUCUCCAACGACACCCUGGACCUCAGCUCCGUGGACUCCAUGUCUUUGGACGAGCAUAUAGAGAUCAAGAUCCCCGACGCGAGGGCCAAGGAGAACCGGCUGCUUGCCCAAAACAAUUUCGUACAGAAUAUCAAUGAGAAAUCCAGGAACACUAGCCACAAUCACCUAGCCGUCGAGAACUGCCAGGAAUUACCCAAGAAUCAGAAUCACGAACAUGAAAGCAACAAAAAUGGAGAAGCGAAGGAAGCUCAUAUGAAUAGAAGCCAUAGUCACGCUAGUAUGAAAAAGGUCCAUGGCCUCACGCCAAACGGCAUCGGGCAUGUGCACGGACACGAAAACAAAGUUGACGAUAUCAACAAAAUAAAGAACCUAUGUCCGCAGAUCGCCGAGCGCGAGCCAGCUGGCGGCGCCGCCCACCAUCCCCAUCCUCGUGACGGAGGCCGACGGCGCCUGACGCCCCCCGGCCCCGCGGCCCCCGCGACCCCCGCGGCCCCCGCCGCCCCCGCGGCCCCCUCUGAGGCCGCGCAACACAGAACACCCACGCAGGGGUAAGAACAGAGUCCGCUUCAGCAGCGAGAGCAUUGAGAACAUGUGGGUAGAUGGCGCUAUGAGUACUUAAUUUGUCGUCGUGCGUAAUACAUACUAAAGAAGAUAUGCCUCUCUUGUGGGUUUUUGAGUUCUAUCGUUUCAUUUUCGUGGAUAUAUCCCGUUACCCGAAUUUAAAUUUUCGUGAGACAUACUAACAUUAAGCUAAUUUCACGGCUUAAGUCACGUGUUUUUAGUCACUCGCGCGACAUGUUUCGGAGGGCUUAGGUUUCCUGUCUCAUGCACUAACAGUGGAAGUAGGGUUCACGAUGGCCGCGCUUCGCGUACUGCUGCGCGCAUGUAGAGAAAAGAUGAUGUCGAUGUCGCGCAAGUAACUAAAAACACGUGAGUUAAGCCGUGAAAUUAGCUUAAUGAUAAUAUUGUUGACUAUAAUUUAUAUCAUUAAGCUAAGUUAUUGAUUAUAAUUUUAUCCAUCAAAAAUUAUAGUAAAUAGAAAUUUCGGUUAUUUAAAGGAUCUUUAUGCUCACUUUAGACAUGGAACGUCACAAUUGUUAAUCUUCUCAGGAGUGUUGUAACUUCUUUAGUUUUAUGUAAUACUGUGUUUUUAUAGGUGCAACUUUUUAGAAUAGGUACAGUGAAUUUUCUGUCAUACUUUCCACUUACUUUUGUCAGAUAUAUGCAAACACAUCACAGCGUGUCUGUGUUAAAAAUAGUGCCAAAUAAAAGUCUUCCUCUGUUUAGCCAUUUACAUUUGAAAAAUGUAUGAGAAACUUGUACAAUUUGUUUAAUAACAGUGAUUGGAUUUACAAAAGGCUUCACUUAUUUAUCCGAAUUUGCUUAGUGACUAGGUUCCCUAUCUCUGUACUCGUAUGAGAUGAUAACGGAAGUAACGAUUUCCCUUUUUAUGUAGUAAAUUUGAAAAUGAGUGGGUGAAUGUAUUAAAAAAAUUCUAGACCAAGUAUUUAUUCGAAUAAAUGCGGCCAAAAAUGCGGAGCUAAUUUAUAACAAAAGCUUUAAUAUUUUAUGAUAACUAUCUACUUUUGAUUACUUAUUCAUAAUCAGGAACUAGAAUUAAGUAAUGCCUACUGUAGCUAUGUGUACAGUCAUCGCAUUAUAUAUUCUUAUAUCUGUAACUCAUCACCGAUUGAUUCUAAGUCAAGGUACUGAUUAUGUUUUCUUAGGUAUAGACACAUACGAGUAAAAUGACAUUACGAUCUGUGUUAUUACUUAUUAUGCAACAUGUAAAACAAAAUGCUCCGCAGCGUGUGUCAAACGUGUUUGUAGGAAUAAAGUCUGUAUUAAUACUGUCGGUAGUUGAACUAACGAUAGAUUUAUAGUUAAUUGCUGAUUAUUUCAGUUUGUAGUAAAUAUUAGAAAAACGUCAAAUUACGGUCCAAAAGAUUACAGUAACUGCGUAAGGUACUUACUUGUUUUUUCGUUUGGAUGGUGUUUUUAAACUCUUGCAAUCCUGACCUGAUUUAUUAAUAAUUUAUUGUUUUUAUAUUGCUUAUCAUAUACAAAACCAACAAAAAACCUAUUUCUGUACGAGAAAUUCAUCCAUUCACAUUGCGUUACUCAUCUUUGUUGUAGAUGGCGCAACUCAGGUUUAAAUAAUACCAUCGAUUUUGGCAUUUUUUGGGCGCACACUAGAAAGAGGUUCAAUUUCUCUAAAUAGCGACACCUACAAUAAUGAUGACGACGUUAUAUAAUUACCGGAUUUACUAGCCUUUAUGAUUUGUCUCUUCUAACAUCAAUACUGAGACCGAAGGCUGAAACACACGUGUGUUAAGCGCGUGACGAGUCCUUAAUCACCAUGAAUACCCUUGAAAAUUGCAAUUCGACACGAAUUCCAAUGACAAUGUACCUACUUAGCAGUAGAGCAAGAGAACAAAGAAUAUAUUUCGCGUUGUAACCUUGAUUGACUCACCCAUCAGAGAAAAAUGUUUAGAAGUUCCUAAAUCAGAGCGUUUUUGUCAUACUAUAUUCCUUGGACACAUUUUUGUCGAAGUGUUUCGAUAUCUUUUAGCUGUCUAGUAGAUGUCCCAAAAAAAGUAGACACUUGAUCAAAUGUAUCCAAAGAAAUUAAGUGUUCGAAACGUCCGUUAUAAUGACCCAGAAUAUCUGACAUUCAACAUUAAAACAUCUUAUUUAUUAAUAUACUCGAGUUAGGGAAGUGAAGGGUGAGUGUCACUUUGAAUUUUAAAGUCUGAUUAGCACAAAUCAGUGGCCCCUGUUUAUUCAUAACACAGUGAAAUAAAAAAUUAUAGCUAAUGUUAGAUAUAUAAGUUUUUUCUUAUGUUUUAUUAAGUAUUAUGUUUUUGAAGUCAAAUUCAGAUGUACAGUUAAUUAUUGGCAAUUUCAACAUUGAAUAAAAUUCAUAAAUAGCUACUCAAGCAAUCGAAUUCACUAGAUGUAUCUUAAAUAUAAAUUAAGUAAACAUUGGUGAGAAAAUAAUGGAUUAUUCAGUGUAUUAGAAUUGUAUAGAUACGGCUAUUGUACAUAGUAAUGUUUUACCUGGGAAUACUAAAUUAAUAAACAGUGUAAUUCACCAGUUUUCCUAAUUAAACUUUAUGAUGUGUUCACUUUAUGGUUAAUAAUAACGAUACGACGAGUUAUUUUCAUGUAAAUAAUUAAUGAAAUAAACUUGAUUCGCCGGUUAUAACUCUCGAGUGAUAGCGCCAUCUAGGGAUUUAAAAAAGACCUAGUUUUCUUAAUCGCGGAGGUGACACUCUUUAUUAAUUUAUUACUACAGUGUGGUUUUACAUAACUAAGUAAGGGAUUUAACAUGAAGUGUGAUAAAAACUUAUCAAUAAUCGGUAUUUUCGUACAAAGUACGUGUCUGUAAUAUGUGCUAGUGAAAUAUACAGCUUUUGUAUUGCCAUUUAGACAAAUUUUAUUAUAUUUAUACAACAUAAGCGUUAGAAAUGCUAUAAUUAGACAGGGCAAGUGGCCUACACGGCACAAACAAGAGCCUCAGCCCUAAAAUUACAUGCUACUUGCUUAAGUAGCUACUUGUAGAACCAUUGCCCCACCUGAUUAUAGCCUUUGUAGUUAUAAAUGUAUCUAUUUAUCAAUAUAAAUCAUUAUUCUAUUUUUAUAUGGACUGUUGUUAAGGCGAUAGAAUAAUAAUACUGCUUAAUACUAUAACCGUAUAUACGAUGCCAAAAAUAAUGAUAAAAUUUGAUGUAAAGCGCAUACAUUUAAUGUUGCAAAAAUUUUAGUCACAAUUGGAAGUUUAGGUUAAAUUAAAAAAGUAUUAUUCUAUUGUCUAUGAGGCACAGGGGCCUACACAGCGCGGGCGCUGUAGCUAUACGCUUGAAUUUGUAUUGCCUUACCUUACCUGAUACCUAGUGUUUAUCAGAAUAGAAAGGUAUUAUAUACAAUAAUGACAUA